UCCAAAGAUCAAAGACACCGAGACUGAGAAAUUCUUAAAAAGGAGAGAGAGAUGGGGAGAGGGUCAUGUUGCUCCGAGAAAGGAGAAGUGCUGAAAAGAGGAGCAUGGACUGUUCAAGAGGACAAGUUACUCACUUCUUACAUCAUGGCCCACGGCGAAGGCAAAUGGACCCACGUCCCUAAAGCGGCUGGCUUGAACAGGAGUGGCAAAAGCUGUAGGCUCAGAUGGUUGAACUAUCUCAGGCCUGACAUCAAGCGAGGAAACAUCACUAGCGAUGAAGAGGAUCUCAUCAUCAGACUCCAUAAACUUCUCGGCAACAGAUGGUCUCUCAUAGCUGGAAGGAUACCCGGACGAACAGACAAUGAAAUAAAAAACUACUGGAACACAACUCUGUCAAAGAAGCUUAGAACACAAUCAUGUGAAAUGACGACUGAGCAACAUCCAGCGAGCAAAUCAACAGCAAGGAAGCCCGACGAUACCCCGUCACCAGUAAUCCAAACAAAGCCUUGGAAAUGCAAACACGUGGUUAUCCGACAUCCCCCAUGUCCGAAGGAAAAUUUGCUCGUUUCAAACCAGAUGGAGUUUGAGGAAGCUGGCAUAACCACCCAGUUCACUAAUGAAUCUCGAAACUCACCUGCUCCAGAGCCUCAAUAUGUCCAUGAAAAUCAUCAGUUUAAUGAAAAUUAUGAUCUUUGCUCGGACAUGAAUCGUGAUAGCAGUGUGGCCAGGCAUGCUCAUGAUGAUCAGUGCGGAGCUAGUGACCAAGUUAUGUUCAAUGGCUGGACCACAAGUGGCUUGGAGGUCGACUUCAAUAGCAUUGCCAUGUGGGAGAUAGAUUCAUUGGCCCUCCUCCUGGAAUCUGAGGUUCUGGAUGUGAGUCCAGUGAAUUGAUUUGCACUGCGAGCGCGUCUAAUUAAGGGCAGAUUUUGUGACGUAUGAAUAGUGAACAAAAAAAAAAAAAACAUCUCUGUCCCGAUGGCUUUGUUUUCCGGCCCCAUUGUUUAAUCGAGAUUUUAGUAUCUUUGUUUUU